CCCGGCUCCCAUGGGCCGGCAGUGAGUGAGUGAGCGGGCGGGGCGCGCCCGGGGCCAUGCCCAGGCGGCUGCCGGGGCCCCCUGCGGGCCCCCACGGGGAGGAUUUCUCCUUCGUGAGCCCGCUGGUGAAGUACCUGCUCUUCUUCUUCAACCUGCUCUUCUGGAUGAUCUCGAUGGUGAUGGUGGCCGUGGGCAUCUACGCCAGGCUGAUGAAGCACGCAGAGGCGGCCAUGGCCUGCCUCGCGGUGGAUCCCGCCAUCCUGCUCAUCGUGGUCGGCAUCCUGAUGUUCCUGAUCACCUUCUGCGGCUGCAUCGGCUCCCUGCGUGAGAACAUCUGCCUGCUGCAGACGUUCUCAAUCUGCCUGACCAUAGUCUUCCUGCUGCAGCUGGCAGCUGGAGUGCUGGGCUUUGUCUUCUCUGAUAAGGCACGCGGGAAGGUGAGCGAGAUCAUCAACAACGCCGUCGUGCAUUACCGGGACGACCUGGACCUGCAGAACCUCAUCGACUAUGGGCAGAAGGAGUUCAGUUGCUGUGGGGGUGUCUCCUACAAGGACUGGUCCCAAAACAUGUAUUUCAACUGCACUGCUGACAACCCCAGCAGGGAGCGCUGUUCUGUGCCUUAUUCUUGCUGCCUGCAUGCAGCUGACCAGGCUGUCAUCAACACCAUGUGUGGCCAGGGGAUGCAAGCCAUGAACUACCUGGAGGCCAGCGAGUUCAUCUACACCAACGGCUGCAUCGACAAGCUGGUGAACUGGAUCCACAGCAACCUCUUCCUGCUGGGGGGCAUCGCGCUCGGCUUGGCCAUUCCACAGCUGGUGGGAAUCCUGCUCUCCCAGAUCCUCAUCAACCAGAUCAAAGACCAGAUCAAGCUGCAGCUCUACAAUCAGCAGCACCGAGCAGAUCCUUGGUACUGAAACCCCCCCCAGAAGAGCCAGUGCUUCCUUGCUGGGGAAGUGCCUCUCGUCCCGUGGCAGGGAACGGCGUGGGGAGGGACACGCACCCCAGGAGGAAGAAGAGACCUGCAUUUUCCCCUGCUAUUGCUCGCCCUGCCCUGCAGGGGACUGGACCACGGGAUAGCCCCCAGGAGAGACCCCAGGGAGCCAGCGAGAGGCUGCUGCGUCUCCGGCAUCAUCCGUAGCAUCCCCGCCCAAGGAACUGACAGCUUGGUCCCUUUUUUGGCAGCUUGCUUCUCUUUUCUUUUUUUUAAAGAGGGAAAAUUUCCCAGCUGCCCCAGCCCUGUCUGGGAAUUGCCUUGAGAGCUGCGUCUUCCCCUAGAAGGCUGGCGCAUUGGAGCGGGGCUGGGCUGGCUGGUACGGAAGGGAGGUAAGUGGAGGGGGUUUGGCGGUAUAAUGCAGGUACAAGCUUCUUUCUUCCUGUGUGGUCUUGGAGCACGGGGAGGGGGGCCUAGCCAGCUUCCUCCCUCCCAGGCCUGGACCAGCUGGGAGUGACACCAGACGGGAGAAUGAUCAGCCCCCACCCUGCACUGAUCUUUACGGAUGCUCCUCUGGCUUCAGUGUAUCAGGAGGGGGCUGCUAAGGGGAGAGGGCUAGAGGAUGUAACUAGUUGCCAAAAACCAGACUCGGGAGGGGGGGCUGGGAAUGGGAUCUGGAGCCCAGCCCUCCAGGGCGCUGACUCCAGUCUGGGGACACCAUCUGACUCUGAAGUGGGUCUUGGACACGGGAUAUGAAGCCUUUCACCGCUAGGGCCUCCAGGCCAUGCCCAGGCUGACAUGACAGCCCCGCCGGGGCAGACUUGCCGCAUUCCCUGGCGGGCUGGCAUCCCCACGGCACACAGCUGGGUCACCUCGAAGAUGUUUUGGGCUCUUGAAACCUCACGAGAGGCAGAGUUUCUCCCAGCUGAUCCCUGUGGCAGGCAGCAGCUCUGGGAAGCCCUUGGUCUGUGGGGUUGUAGUCUAGCCGGAGGCCCGCGUGGGUCUUGGCUCUGGACUCUCGAGUUCAGUGGAUACGGCCAAAGAUCGGAGGGUGCGUUGGCUAUCCCAGGUCUGGCCGAUGUGCCCACAGCCCCGGGUGCUUGGCUGCGGGAAGCGGCCGAAGCGGCAGAUCCUCAAGCGUAGAGCAGAGACAGCGGUGGAGUAGCGUGUCCCGUUCUGGGCACGGAAGAGUCCAGUUGUCAGGGCCAUUAAUGUAACGGCUUCUACCAGUCUGGCUACACUGAAUUCAGUUCCCCCAAGCCUCGAAUUUAAGGAUCUUUAAACCCUCAGAGCAGCCGCUCUCUUGCUGAGCUCUCUAAGCUGUAUGUAUAACAAUGCUCCUGGAUGGGUCCGUCGGCAGGGAUUGAACCUGCGAUCUCUGGCUCGAGAAACGUGGGCUGCUACUGUUUGAGCUAAAGGACCAAGUCUGUUAGCUCAGCCAGUAACACUCCUAAACCUGUGUACAUGGUGUCACCACUAAGGGGGACGAAGUCGCACUGUUAGCACAGGUUACACAGUUUUGUAUCCAAACGCUCUAUGCCUAUCCAACGUUGUUUGCGAGAGAUGCCCACCCCAUUAUGUAAGGCGGCGAUGAGGGGCCGCGUGGCAGGAAACAAUCGAGGAAACAGGUGUUUGCAGUCAUCAGCCUGGCGUGGGUGAACCAGGCAGGGUAUGACUAAGAGAACAUGAAUGAAAAGCAGCACAGCGUCUCUCCCUAUAGGGUUUGCUGCAUCCGAGCCAGUGGCUGAUCCAUCUAGUUAGUUACCUGCACAGGCAGAAGAUAUUUGAAACUGGAGGGCUCCUUAAUCUAGCAGGCAAAGGUGGAACCAGAUCCAGGAGCUGGGAGUUGGCAAAGUUAAAACUGGAAAUAUGGUGAAAAUUGUUACCAGUGCUGGUAAUGGACCACUAGAAUAGCUUCUCCAGGGAUGGGGCGGCUUCUCCAUCAGGUGGGCUUUUUGCAUCAAGGCGGGGUGGCUUUCUAAAAGAUGCCCCAAUUCAACCACACGUUAUGGGCCUGAUGCAGGCAUCACUUGGUGGAAUUCUCCGGCCUGUGCUCUACAGGAAGUCAGACGAGAUGUCCGUAACAGUCCCUUGUGGCCCUAAUGCCUGUGGGUAGCUUAUCUUGGCCAGGGGCUGGUGCCGGGUGGGUCAGAGGAAGGUAUAACCAUCCUUCCCCCUCCGCCAGUAACGCUCAGUCAGUGUGCGCCCUGCAAACACCACCAGCUGCACCAAGGUGGAAGAUGAGACCACAUGAUCUGUGUGUUACCUCUGUGGAUGGACAUCUGCCCAUGUGCUCUCCUGCCCCUUAGAGGCAGCAUCUCCUCCUAGCAUGGAGAGGCUGUAACAGUCGUCUUGGAACAUGCACAGAUAUCUAUUUUGAACACUGUACAAAGGGAGGGAUCGGCAGAGACUUCUCUCUUUUGGGAUGUUUGUAAGUAACACAUGGGUUCUGUAUUUAUCUGUGAAAUUAACUCCUCUGUGAUGUGUUCCCUUUGCUUGUGUGGAGAAUAAAAUCAAAAUCGGGUUCUGAC